AUGCUGCGCCAAUGGGGUGAUUUUCGCAAUCACCCCGGAAUGGGCGAGAAUCCCCGCUCCAUUCGCUGCAAACAGCCCGUGCCGAUGCCGAAGAAGAUCCAAGCCCGCAAGUCCGCCAUCCAUGGCAACGGCGUGUUCGCCGUGGCCCCGAUCAAGCAGGGCGAGCGCGUGAUCCAGUACAAGGGCCUGCUGCGCAGCCACGGCGACGUUGAUGCCGAUGACAGCGGCGACGUCGAAAGCGGCCAUACCUUCCUGUUCACCCUCAACGAUGACUGGGUGAUCGAUGCCAACUACAAGGGCAACGACGCACGCUGGAUCAACCACAGCUGCGACCCGAACUGCGAGGCGGUGAUCGAGGAGGACGAGGACGGCGACAGCCGUGGCGACAAGGCGGAAGGCGCACGCGUCAGCGUGGUAUCGCCUGCGAAGGAGGCGACCAUCAAGGGCUGGAAAGACAAGGACUGGGGUGGCGUGGUGGCGGUAGACCUGCCGCUGGACGAGGCCGAUGCCGGCCGCUUUGAUGCCGUGGUGCUGCCCGGUGGCGUCAUCAAUCCGGACACGCUGCGCACCGACGAGGCGGCGCUGGGUUUCAUCCGCAGCGUCGCCGAGGCCGGCAAGCCCGUUGCCGCCAUCUGCCAUGGUCCGUGGCUGUUGAUCAACAGCGGCCUGGCCGAUGGACGCGAGCUGACGUCGUGGCCAUCCCUGCAGCAGGACCCUCGCCAAUGCCGGCGCCAGUGGCGCAACGCCGAGGUCGUGGUGGAUGGCAAUGUCAUCACCAGCCGCAAGCCCGGACGACAUUCCGGCUUUCAGCGAGGCAGUAGUGAAAGCGCUGGUGGCGUGAUGAUUGACGAGGGUGCCGGCCAGCGGCCGGCACUACCCUUACUUGCCGAGGAUGCCGGCCGGCACCAGGUUGCCCAGAUUCCUGGUUGA